CAGCAAGACACCUUCUGUCAUCAACGUCACGCCCUGUCGUCUAUGCCAUUGGCCACUGUCGAAAGAAUCAACAACAACUUAUGCCACGUCCAAGAGCCAUCGACACAAGCUACGGUCCUCUUGGGGUCCAAUCAACAAAGCACUGUCCUCCUGACGAACCUUUGUCCGAUCGUCCCUAGAACACGAACACCACACCGUGUCACGGCUCAGCACGAGCCAUAGGCAUCAUCUGUUCGCACGAUACACACGAUACGACUCUUGUACAAUUUCCUGGCAAGGCUUUCACCUCUUUUCAACACUUCUACGAUGGUGUGACAACGCCUGGUGCGUUAUUGAAUGCAGACAGAAUCUCCCCUCAGUUGUAUCAGAUUUGAGAUCGACCGGAGCAUGCUGUGGAUGGGCUGGUCCACCCACCGCCUGAUUCAUCUUCCCCGAUGCUGGCCAUUGACAGCAUCUCUGGCCUAGGCUUCAGAGACACCAGCUUGUCGAACAUAAUGGAGCCCGAACUACCGCAAGUUAACCUUCCGCGAGUCCUGCUUCGUCCGGAGGAUGCCUCACGACUGGGUCGACCAUCCCGCUUCGACGACAGUGACCGCCCUCCUCGAGCCUCUAGCGAAGACACGAGGUCACAAGCGCAACGUGUCGAUGCCGGUCAAACCCUGGACGGCUCCCCGGCGAAACCAGAGGAGGCAACCAUCAUCGGACAAGUCAAAAAGAGCGAGCUCAGCCUGUUAUCUUUGGACGACACCACAGAACUGUUCAAGAAGAAAGUCGCAGAUGCGAGACAAGACACAGAACACGCGCUUGCGGGCAGCGAGGCCGUUAGGGACGUUGUCAAGCCCAAAUUAACCCUGGACCUGGGACACUCCAAUAUCGCCAGACUGCCCGAGAGUGUGGUUGAUCUUAUCAAAGACGAGGUGGAAAGAUUAUCUCUCUCACAAAACCAGAUAUGGCAUAUACCACUCCGCUUCUCCGAAUGUACCCAUUUGCGCUACCUCAAUAUACGGUCCAAUGUAUUCCGAGAGAUACCUCGGGGAGUAUACAAGCUCAACCAACUGGAGAUCUUGGAUAUAAGUCGCAACAAAGUGCGAAAGAUCUCCCCUGAUAUAAAGAACCUCCGCUCACUGCGGGUAUUUUCAUUGGUGCACAAUCGAGUUGAAGAGCUGCCGACUGAAUUAUCCGAAAUGACGAAACUUCAGAUAUUGAAGAUCGCAGAAAACCCUCUGCGAUUCCGGUUAAAAAGGGUUGUCGAAUACAAAGAAUCAGAAGUAUCCUUUUCAGAGAUGACCGAUCACGAGAGAGAGACAGCCAUCACACUCGAGAUCAAAAGGUAUCUGCGAGAGGCGCAUUCAUCAACUCUCGCUCCGAUAGAUGUCGAGGCUUCCUUGCAGAUCGAUGAAACUCCGAUGGAGACGCCAAAGCCUCUGAAAAGAACUUUGAGCAGCAGAUUCCCCGUCAUUCCAAGCACUGGCAGCGGCCUCAGUGAACCGGGUUCAGAAGGAAACAAAUCGUCACCCCUUCAGCCGAAUCCACCUCCAGUACCUACGCGGUCCCACUUCCGCAUGGCCUCUGGCGCCCAAUCAAUUGCCCUCCGACGUCCGGGCAUUGCACCUCUGAUAAGCCAAAACAGCAAUGAGAGGAACCGAAGCAACAGCGAAAGUGUUUUACAGGCAUCAGCUGCAGCUCGUCAUAAGAGGAUGGGGAUGAUGAGGAGAGAAAGAGAAAAGCCGGACUUGGACAGCAUUGACGAACUCAAAGUCAACAGAAACAGUCAUCUUAGAGGUUUCAGUCAUGGAUCCGUCCUGAAGCGGAACGGUACUCUAUCAUCUCCUGGCGGUGCCAGUUCAUCUAGUCCGAAUAGCCCCCGAGAUCCGAGACGGAAUAGGCUUGCUUUUGUGAAACGACUGUCAAGCUUACCAGAACACAAGGUCGAGAAUGAGUUGAAUAGUCCCGUCAUUGACGGGGCGAAGGGUAUUUUGUACGCACUUUACCAAAUCCACCCUCACAUCUCCGGCUUGAUUGCUGCAAUACGUGGCAAGGACGUUCGGAGGAGUACGCUAGAGUUCACAUUUUUUAAUGCCUCAACGCACGUCGAUCGACUCAACGAAGCGUUGGAACAAGCUGAAGUGGUGGAUAUUGAGGACGAGGAUGCCGUCCUGAGAGUUGAAACCACCGUUCGACGGGACUGUGCUACGUGUAUCAUGGCAUACACGCAUGUGACUGCUCAACUGCAGGACAAUGUCAAGAAAAUUGUCGCUGGAGCUGACGUGCGGUACGUCCGCAGUCUAAUGCUCUUGCUUUACGGCAGUAUGAUCGAGGUUCGGAAUGCAAUCCAGAGUUUCGGUGCGGAUGUCAACGUGACACGAGGUUUCGGGCAUAGAAGGCAAUUGUCGAGUGGAAAUACUCAUCCAAUUCAGACGAUCCCUGAAGAAUUUACUACGCCAUCCCAACCAGUUCGAGCAAUCACCCCUACCCGAGACAGAAACAUGCCUUCGAGACAGGGUGGGAGAUUGCGUAGUGACACGGCCAUCCAGCAUCCGGUCGCGGAAAACGUCCCAACAUAUCCACCAAACCCUGUGUUACCUGCACCUUCGGGUUCUCUCCCGACACCAAUCCACAUGACUGGUACUACGCUCAACGGUGGAAGUUUGACAGGCACUUCGUCAACAUUUUCAAACAGCGGCACUUUAAAUAGCAAUGGAUUCAGAUCAAGGUCAAGUUCUCGAGCUGCGAUGAUGAACAGCAUGCCUUCCUCAGUUGCGAGUACUCCCCGCUCGGGCGAAGCCUUCAAUCUGCCUAUGGCAAAUGGGUAUCCUGCCCGGGUCAAUCCUGCCACCGGCCUUACAGACGCCCAGGAGGAGGCUGUGUUUGAACAAAUUUUCCUGGCACUAAGCAGAGCGUACGAUGCUGCUUUGCACACCAUCCCGAUUGCCAAAGCACAAUUUAUUCGAUGUCUCGAGGCAGCGGAGGAAAAUCGACAGCCCAAGUCAGUACAUGAUCUCUGGUCGACAUUGGUGUAUAGAUGCAAGCUGUGCAUUGAUGUCAGUGAAGCGCUGCAGAUCCGGCUGGUCAAUAUGCGACUCAAAGAACCCAGCGUUCCAGGAACUGGCCGCAAUGAUCCGUCGCUGUGGUCAUUGUGCAAGAACUUCUUGAUGAGUUUUAUUGACCUUUUGACGGAUAUGCGAGAAGCCAAAUCUCUCCGGCUGUUGUCGCAAGAGUUGAUCAUCAUGCUCCGACCGGUGCAGAAAGCGAGUCGAGAAGCUGGACGCUUGAUCGAAACGAGUCCGUGGCGUUAUCUCACCGACAGUGCGACCGCAGCAAUGCCACCUCCGAGCGUGUUCAAUACGUUGACGAACCAGCAAUCUGCACCGACGAUGAACGGGAGUGGCUAUGCACACGCGAAUGGCAUGAACGGUACAAGCAUCAGUGGAAAUGCCUCGGUGUAUAAUACGGUCACCUCGUCAUUGGGACAACAUCCUGUUCAAAGUCCAUUCCCACCACCCUUGGCACCAGUUCCUCCGAUUCCAGGGUUGGGUCCAAGUUCAGCAAACACCCCCAACACGGCCAUUAUGCCCAAACAGAUGAUCAACGUCAAUGGUCUUGCUCUUCCUAACGGGUCCAACGGCGUAAGUCCUGUUUCGGUACCACUACCUGCCACUCCGCUAUCUGCGGCGCUCGGUCCGGCUGCCCAAGCGACAGUGCCAAACAUGAAUAUGCAAAUGGCGAUUCCGAGUACACCCGCCAGUGCGUAUGGCGAUCAGUUCUUCAGGGGCGAUGUGUUUCAACGGGCGGAUAGUUUGUUGAGCAUGCCACAAGCGGGUAAUGUGAAUUUCUUGAACAGGAGGUGAAAUGAGGUUUAUGUAUUUCGAGAUCAAAAAAUCAAGAUUAACCCCCGGGCAACAGCAGCUUUACAUGAUACGGCGAGACCAAAAAAGUGAUUGGAUAAGUUUUUUCAGCGUCAUGACACCGAGCUUGGAAAGCCCAACAACGUUGAAGAUGACGAAGGACAAUGAUUGAAGAAGUACAGACAUAUAAUGAAUGCAUAAUCUCAUGCUAGGCAAUAAAGUCAUGGAAGGGUUGACUCAAAAGUUGUCAAGCAUUGCUUGAGAGGGUUGACUCGAAAAAGUUCUCGGCAGUGAUUCAUCAGUCUCGGGAAGUAAGAAAACGGAGAGAAGUGGAAGGAGGUUUUUUUUGGCCUCGUUGUACAGAGUUACCCUUCAAGGGGUGAUGCUCCUUUUUAUCUGAAGCCCAGCAUGCAUUUUGCAUUGCAAAAGGGGGGAAAAGGUAGCUCGGUCCGACCUUGGUCAACAAGGGACGUGUUA